GCCCCUAACUAACAUGGCGUCCAGGUGAUUUCCGUUCUCCUCACGCCUAGAAGGGACUUCGGAGGCUUCUCGCGGUUUUACCGCACUCAGACGUCUACGUUCUUCAAACUCCCCUCACACCGAGUCCUUGGAAGGCGGGGCUACAAAGGGAAUCCUGCGUGGUGAUUGGUUGCGGUGGCUUCGGUGCAUAGUUACCGGAGUUGGCCGGCGCAGGCCAAAGCGGGAUUGGUUGCUGGAGGCGGGACGAGUAGACUGCUGGAGAGGUAGCCGCUGCGGUGAGGAGAGACAUGGGUCAGGCAACCAAGGUUUUACAGCUCUUCAAAACAUUGCACAGGACCAGACAACAAGUUUUUAAAAAUGAUACCAGAGCAUUAGAAGCAGCCAGAAUAAAAAUAAAUGAAGAAUUCAAAAAUAAUAAAAGUGAAACUUCUCCUAAGAAAAUAGAAGAGCUAAUAAAAAUAGGUUCUGAUGUGGAAUUGUUACUCAGAACAUCUGUUAUACAAGGUAUUCACACAGAUCACAAUACACUGAUUUCUUUGAGGACAACAGUAACAACAAAAAGAUGACCUUAACAAUUUUGAAAGGCUUUUUUUCCCUUUAAAGUAAAUGAUUGAAGUAUAACAUGCAAACAGAAAAGUGUCCAGUUUGUAAUUGUAUAAUCAGUGAAUUUUCAUAAAGUGAAAUAUUUGUGUAACCAACAUCUACGUCAAGCUCUGUGAUAUAAUACUACCAGUUCCCCAGACGCCCCUCCUGGCCCUGUGUCCCUGCCACACACUCCCUCCCCACGAGUAUAACCACUGUUCUCACUUCUAACACUGUCACUUUUUAACUUAAUAAAGUGUUUUAACUUUACACGAAUGGCAUCAUACAGCAUUACUGUUUUGUCUGGCAUCUUUCUCUCUACAUUUGUGAAAAUCAUCUAUAUUUGUGGUGAA